AGUGUGGUUGGAGUCGCUCGGGGCUCACUGUUGGUCUCAGAGUGUGUGUGUACCAUAAGGGAGGGCCGUGUCUCGUGUGUUUGGUGAAGGAACUUAAAGCAACACUGCAAACAUGACUACCGCCCAUAAAUUGGUGAUCGUCCGUCAUGGUGAGAGUGAGUGGAACCAGUACAACAAAUUCUGUGGCUGGUUUGAUGCCGACCUCAGCGAGAAGGGCCUGGAGGAGGCCAAGCGUGGUGCCAUGGCCAUCAAGGAGGCCGGCAUGAAGUUUGACAUCUGCCACACCUCCGUGCUGAAGCGCGCCGUCAAGACCCUGUGGAUCAUCCUGGAGGGCACAGACCAGAUGUGGCUGCCCGUGUACCGCACAUGGCGUCUGAACGAGCGCCACUACGGCGGCCUGACAGGUCUUAACAAGGCAGAGACAGCCGAGAAGCACGGAGAGGAGCAGGUCAAGAUCUGGCGUCGCUCCUUCGACAUCCCCCCUCCCCCCAUGGAACACAACCAUGCCUUCCACAAUACCAUCAGUGAGGUAAGAGGGGUGGUGUUGGAAGUAUUGGUGGUGCUAUUACUACACAAAACAGACCUGUGAUUCAAGUUUUAGACGUGUGAUUGCUGAUAUAGAAUAAUAACACCCCUAGUUUUACAAGGAAACCAGACAACGAUAGGAUAUCUAUGACUUGCUCAGGAGAUCCUGCAAGACUAAGACCUGCAGGUCUCAGUUGAAGUAAAACACCAUUGAAUGAAUGGAACAGCAUUGCAUGAAUGGAACAGCAUUGAAUGAAUGGAACAGCAUUGAAUGAAUGGAACAGCAUUGAAUGAAAUUCUAUGACUUCUCAUGUAUGACUACUUGUAUGAGCCUAAACAUGGACUGUAAAACUGCAACAUGUACCGCUUGAGUUACUAAGUAAGCUCUGCCAGGUUUACUUUGCAGCCCUCUAGUAUGUUACAUCACACUUGUCAGCACCUGCUGUUGUGAAGAUACAUUUGAGCAGUGUAACCCAACAUGAUGAUACAUUUGAGCAGUGUAACCCAACAUGAUGAUACAUUUGAGCAGUGUAACCCAACAUGCUGAUCCGUCCUCCCACCAGUCAAGGCGCUACAAGGGCUUGAAGCCCGGUGAGCUGCCCACAUGUGAAUCGCUGAAGGACACCAUUGCCCGCGCCCUGCCCUACUGGAACGAUGUCAUCGCACCUGAGAUCAAGGCCGGCAAGAACGUCAUCAUCGCUGCCCACGGCAACAGCCUCCGUGGAAUUGUCAAGCACUUAGAGGGUGAGUAUAAUGGGCUGCUGCGGUAGCUGGACACAGAGAGAGAGGGUGGGAAAGAGGGGGGACAGGGAAAGAGAGAGAGCAGAGGAGAGGACAUGGAGAAAGAGUGGUACAACUAACAUAGGAGAUGACAGUCAUACAAGGCAGGGGGGAACAUGGAAAAGUUUGGAAAUGACAGAGAGCACUUGCGGGAAAAGGUUAGAGGUCAUGUUUCACAAGGUAUGUCCAGUAUGGCAUGUAGUCAAACAUCACAUGACUCACAACACAGAUCUAAAAGAUGCAUAGCCACUGCACAGAUUGAAGCAGGGGUCUAGCCUCCCUUGAGGUUCUUGAGAAAGCAGCCAAGGAAGUGAGAGAAGGGAAGAACUCCAUUCGAGCAGCAGCAAGAGAUGAAAAAGAAAUAGACUGAAUGACACUGAAGAGGUACAUUGACAGAAAAGAAAACGAACAUGCACCUGUGUGAAAGAGAGGCUAUGAUAGAGUAGCAGAGGCACACAAGGUCUUAUCUGAUGACAUGGAGUCUGACUGCGCUUGCUAAACAUAUCAAGAAUCUUGCUGAUCAGUUUCAUGGGCUUAGUAGCCUCAAAUGCAGAGAACGUGCCUACAAAUGUGCACAUCGAAACAAUAUCACUGUCCCAGAUAACUGGUCAAGAAAUGGAAGGGUAAGUGAUAGUGAACAGAGAGAUCUAUAUCUGAAUAUAGGCAUACUUUUACCAACCAGCACCAUCACCCACUGUCACAGAACACCAUCACCUAGUGUCACAGGACACCUUCACUCACUUACCCCAAGGUGGCUCAACUUACCUUGUCCCUAACCUCAACUUACCCCAUGCCCCGGACAAGCUAUGUUUUCAAAACUGUUAUGUUUACAUGAAUUCUGAUUAUACACAACAUCCUGAAAUAUAUGUAGAUAUCUUUGUUAGAAAUAAUACUAUGUUAGUGAUGCUGAAUGUAAAAAUGGCUCAAUUUACCCCACUCUCCCCUACACUGAUGUAGGGACUGGCUGUACACAGUAAAUUCCUAAUAGGCUGUUGUUUGUUCAUUAUUUGUGGAUCACUGAGAAUAUAACAGCUGGACCCAUAGGCAUGGUACAUCACAAGCACCCAAUCACAUACAUAGAGUACACAAACACAUUCCCAGAUUACCAGGAGUCUAUAAAUAGCUGUGGCUCUCUCCCUGCUGGAGCUCAGACCGACACAGUGGAAAAGGCCAUGGGUGCGGUCCCGUUACGGGCACGACCUUUCUGCAGAAAGGUUUUGCAUUCUCUAGGAGUGGUGGGACCAGGGUGAUUCAGACAGGGUUGCAGAGGGAGAGACACAAGAGCAGAGGGAACAAGCUACUUAGUGCCCCCCUGAAAGAGGAGUAUGGAUGACCUCACCUGUCAAAGGGCACCAAAUGUUGCUCUUGUAAAGAGAGCUGGGUAGUGGGUACUAGCUAAGAAAUAUACCAGCCUUCGAGGAUCUGUACUUGACAUCCGUAGAAAGGAUUUCCCCUCCACUAGGAAUACACGUCCAAUACAGUGCGUAAUGUUAAUUACCUUGAAUAUGAAUGAUCAGUCUGGAUUUCCCAACCUAUUCUCUGUUCAUUCCUAACACAUAUUUCUGUCUGUCUGUCUGUCUCAGGCAUGUCCGACGCUGCCAUCAUGGAGUUGAACCUGCCAACAGGUAUCCCCAUUGUGUACGAGCUGGACGUGAACCUGAAGCCCGUCAAGCCCAUGGCUUUCCUGGGAGACGCCGAGACCGUAAAGAAGGCCAUGGAGGCCGUGGCUGCCCAGGGCAAGGCUAAGAAGUAAGCUAGCCUGGAGGUGUCAAGAGGAGAGAGAGAAAGUGACUGUUCCCCCCCAUCCCUAACUAUCAUCCACCCCUCCAUCUCCCCAUUCACCUGCUGUCCAUUCCAUCCUGGGAUAAAUGCUAUUUUUGGUUGUGGAAAUAGGCCCUGUGUAGCCACUUGUAUCUGAGAGGGAACAUCACGAAACCCAGAUAUGUGGUGAUUGUUCCAUAGAUCUAUGCAGGUUGUACCGGUACUGCACAAGUCUUGUCCACUCACCCAAACACACAGACUAUUGUGGAGUGUCACAGUCCCACUGUAGGAUUGGUUAAGCCCUGUGUUAAGGGCAGCACACUCUGACACAACAAAUAAAGAAACCAUAUUUUGUGU